AUGAGCGCCUCCAAAACAACCCCCGCCGUGGCGGAAACGGCGUUGGAGUUGCCAACGACGAAACGCCGCAGCAGGAAAUCCUCUUCCAGUUCCAAUCACGGCAUCAUCUCUGACGCAACGAUCCUUCGUGGGGUUCGAAAAGAGUUCCUCCGCACCCUUCCUUUUUGGAGGUGCUACGUCGACAUGAAACGACGGGUGAAAUCGAACCCGGUCCUUUUGGGUUGCGAGAUCUCGUUGCUUUGUCGUCUUCCCUGUGAGGUUUUUUCCGGGGUGGAUGUCGUGUGGGCCGCGACGGAGGCCCGAAUUCAGGUGAAAAUUUACCUGAAAAGACCUCGCUCGGACGAUCGGGCCGUUAGCGACCCCCAUCCGGGUGCGGAGGCGUCUCCCUCACGCGUUUGGCGGGCGGUUCGGCUAGAAGAGCACCGUUGGAAGCUGGGAACCAUGCACUUCGUCCACCACGACGCGCACCACAACGGCAAAGGGGAUUCCCGAAGUUAUCACAUCCAAUCCGUUCUCUUGACAAACCAGCCUGAGGUGAUGCAGUGCGUUGCGGGGACGAUGGUGAGCUUUGCGUUUUUAACGUAUUCCUCGCUUAUGUAUCUCGAUCAUAAAAUUAGCGGCGGGGCGGGGGGCUCUCCCGUCGCCAAGAAAUCCUCCUCGGAGGAUCCCACUCCGAUGCUUUCAAACGGUGGUGGGGUUUCGAGCGAGGUAGGAGGUUUCAUCGCGCGAUUUCACGCGUUCUGCCCUCCCCCACUGCGGCGGGUGCUGAUUUUAGGAAUGGGCGGCAACAGCAUUGCGGUCAGCCUUCGCUACGCCCUCGGUGCGGCGGUAGAGCUGCACGUGGUGGAGAUCGAACCCGCCGUCGUGCGGGCCUGCGAGCGCGCCGGAACACUGCCGAAGGGCGACGACGACGGGAACUUUCACGUUCACCUCGAGGAUGCCGUGCGGUGUUUAAAAGGCACCCUCGCGACGACCUUGUUUGAUAUGAUUUUCAUGGAUCUCUUCGAACCAACCGAAGGGAAGAUGCGGAGCGAUAUGCGGAUUGCGAACCUUUGCUUUGAUCGCCUGCUCGUUGGCGGGUUGCUCGUCGUGAACCUCCAUCAGCUGCCGUCGUUGGCGAGUUUGAGGCCGUUCGGGCGGCUCUUCGGGAUGCGCAACGUUCAGGCGGUGGAUUUACACGGCUGGAACGAAAGCGUGAUUGUGGGGAUGAAAUCCGCGAUGACGCCGGAUUGGCGUCUUCAACGCGACGCGCCCAAAGGGGAGGGAGAGGGGGAGGGGGGGGGAUCUCGUGAGUGUUCCUCACGGGAUGGGCUCGUCCUGCAGUGCAGUAAACGCCUCGCCUCGGUGGUGCUCGAAUGCUAUGAGGAGAAGCUCCCCGGGUGGCUCCUCCACCCCUCGUGGCUGAAAGGCUCCAAGAAGGUCGGCCAUGGCAACGAGCAGUGCCGCAUUUGGGAUUCCUAG